UACCUGCAAAACCAGCAGAGACGAGAGCGAGAGGAAAACUACGUCGAACGACGAUAAACAUAAGACAUCAAAAUGUCUCGAAUGAUCGCGGUGCUAAUUGUUGCAAUUUGUUUUGUCAUUUCAACGGAAACUUCGGCAAACAGGAGAUACUCCAGAGCGGUCGUAGAAAGUUGUCGAGGCUGCUCCCUAAAUCGUCUUCCCGAUGUGAAACAGUUUAUUUUCGAGGAUUUGCCGUAUUAUGAUUCCGUCGAAUUCAAACACAAACAGGGCGCCCCUCCAGAGCUUAUACUCCACGACGAUCACGACGAAGAGAUCGAGAGGCUCCCUCUUUCUCAAUUCACCCGAGAGGAAUGCAAUAAGCUUCUUGAAUCAAAAGGUUUCGUGAGGGGCUCAACAUUGAUCAAAGAUGAAAUUUAAGAUUUUCGAGAUUGAAGAAACAUGUGUGUGCAUUCAAUCGCAUAUUAAAAGAUGUCUUGUCUUAUCU